UCGAGUUAAAAUAUUUUAAAACUAUGGCAGAGCUAUUAAUUGAUCCUAAUAUUCGAGGUUGGGUAUUCUUGCCGAUUGUUGUGAUCACUUUUCUUGUCGGAAUCAUAAGACAUUAUGUGUCCAAUUUAAUUUCGAGCACAAAAAAAAUUGAACUUACUCAGCUACAGGACAGUCAAGCCAUGAUAAGAGCUCGUUUAUUACGUGAGAAUGGAAAAUAUUUGACUCCACAAUCCUUCGCCAUGAGAAGACAUUUUUUCAAUAAUGAGGAAUCUGGUUAUUUCAAGACCCAGAAAAGACCUCCAGUGACACCGAAUUCGUCAGCAAUGCUCACUGAUUUAGUUAAAGGAAAUUUUAUCAAUGUGUUGCCGAUGGUUGUCAUUGGUGGGUGGAUUAAUUGGAUGUUUUCUGGAUUCGUUACAACAAAAGUUCCAUUUCCAUUAACAUUGAGAUUUAAACCAAUGUUACAAAGAGGUGUUGAGCUCCAAUCUUUAGAUGCAUCAUGGGUUAGUUCAGCUUCGUGGUACUUUUUGAAUGUUUUUGGAUUGAGAAAUAUCUACACUUUAGUCUUGGGGGAAAACAAUGCUGCUGAUCAAACACAAUCUAUGCAAGAUCAAAUGAGUCUCAAUGCUGCUGGUCAAAUGCCUCAGGAUCCAAAACAGGCAUUCAAAAACGAAUGGGAGGCUUUAGAAAUUACAGAAUAUAAAAACGCACUUCACAAUGUGUGCGAUGAUCUUCUAGUUUCUGUAUCAGAGCCCAUGACCAAUAAUAUACAUCAUUAAUUUACAUUAUUUUCAAAGUUCAAAAUAAGAUUUAAAGUAUUUUGUUUGAAUCUUUCUAAAAAGAAUUGAAUUAAAAUAAAUAGUUGGAUUUAACGGUUUCAAAAUAUUCGAAAAAUGUUCAAUUUUCAGAUGUUCCAUAAUUGUCGACAAUCAAAGAAAAAUUCGACAGACAUCAUUUAAAUAAAAAGAAAAUUAUUUUUGUAACAUUUUAAGCAUCUAAUUGACUCAAUAUAAACUUUAAACUCUUCGUGGUGAAAGUUCUUAAAACUAAUAGUUCAUUUAGAGUUCAAUAAACGUUAUAGAUAUUCACAAAUUCAUAAAAGUUUUUUGGGACUAUCCAGUCUACACACAAUUAUUUAUUGACGCAAUGGAUGCCAUUAAGAAAUCACGAGCUGAUCUUAAUUCUUUACCUACUCGUCAGUAUCUUGAUCAAACUGUGAAUCCAAUUUUGUUGCCGGCACUCAAAGCUCUUGCAAAGGAACGUCCAGCUGAUCCAGUAGCUUUUUUGAUAACACAGCUCACAAAAAGUAAAGCUAAAACUGAGGAAAGUUAAAGUUACUUUAGAUCUAAAAUUUCCAAGAACACACUUUGUUUAAAUUAUCAAAAAUUUUCAAUAAAUUCACAAAUGUUUA